CGUAACGAAUGAGAAACUGGCCGCAUAAAUAAUCAAAAAUAACACUCAGUACAGCGGAUGUCUUUUCUGUUCGAAAUAGUGUACAUUAACAGUAAAACAUGCUGUCGUUCGUAAGUUUUUGUUAUGAAAUUCCAACCCACUGUUCUAGGACCGAAUUCUCACUAGAGGGAAGGGCCUAGUCGAUUUCCCGCUCUGUUCAAAGUAAAGAAUGUGUAUCUUUGCAUUAAAAACGGAUAUUCAUAAUACAUAGUGAUAUUGCGUUCAAACAAAGACUCCUAAAAUUCUCGCUUUCUUUAGUCUUAAUACCUGGUGAUCUGAGUAAGAAUGUCUACAAAGGCUAGACGCCGUCUUAUGAACGAUUUCAAGAAAAUUCAACUUGAUCCCCCUCCUGGUGUAUACGCUGUUCCACUUGAUGACAACAUAAUGAAAUGGCAUGCAAUUAUUUUGGGGCCGGAUGGCACAGCAUUCGCAGACGGUAUAUUUCGGCUAACAAUGGAGUUCACCGAGAACUAUCCUAACGUCCCACCGAUUGUGCGAUUCGUUUCCAAAAUGUUUCAUCCUAAUGUGUAUAGUGAUGGUAGUAUAUGUUUGGAUAUAUUGCAAAACAUGUGGUCUCCGUCAUAUAACAUUGGAGCAAUAUUAACAUCAUUACAAUCACUUUUGGGGGACCCGAACCCCAACUCUCCUGCAAAUACGACAGCAGCAGAAUUAUUUGAAGAAGACAAACGCCAGUAUGAAACACAAGUCCGAGCCAUUGUUGAGGAAUCGUGGCGAAACGAUGAACCUGUUGAUUGACUUAGUACUGUAUUUGAGCACUUGAUUUAUGUACUUGUAAAUAAUAUUAAUUUCUGAACUGUACCAGUUCUUAUAACAAUGUAUGAAUAACAUAUUAUCUAAGACGUAGUUUACGU